ACUUCUCCCAACAGAAAACACCAAUCCCGCUUACGCAGCGACGCUUCCGCGGCGCGGAGAUGACUUGAGCGACUGUGGCCACUGCUGCCGUGCGCGACACAUGCCCGAGUGUGAGUGUGAGUGUGUGAGAGUGUGUGUGAAAGCUACCACUAGUCGCCCCCAGUGCUCUUCAGUCUCCACUCUCCCUUCUCACCGCAGACUGAACGUCACGUCCGCACUUGAACUUGAGUUUUCUCCCACCGUAGAAGCCAGAGAGCCGCACAGAGCCACGCAGAGCCACGCGCGCGCGCCGGGGGGAUGCGAGACUCCUCCGCGAGCACAAAAGAGAAAAAGAGGGUGACAGACCGUCCUCGGACCAGUGCCGGGCUCUGACUGCAAGAGUUAAAGUCUGAGAGGCCGGCGCUGAGUGCAGCGCUGGAGGUGCCCACCACUUGGCGAGAAGAAAUCUGGAUUCCUGUUUUACACGCGUCAACUGAAGUCCAGCCACCCGCGUCACUCCUGCACACAGGACCGGACAGUGUCCAGUGUCCGGAGAGUGGACACAGAGACGGACAGACCAUCAGGAGGUGACCCCGCCGCCUCUCCGCUCCGCUCUUUUUUUUUCUUUUUUUUUUUUUUCCUCCGCGCUCCUUUGAGGGGAUGGUGUGAAAGCGACGGAGGAACGAGCCCGGCUGUCCCCCCCUCCCUCCGCGCUCCGAGAAGGGAGGCGCGCAAACACUUUGGCACCGAGCUCCGAGCGAGCGCCCCGGCGCCCAGCGCUGCGCCACGGCCGGUGACCGCAGAGCGCAGCAGCAGCCGCUGCCCACCGAGGACAGAUCCGCCGCGCAGGGGCCAGUCCGCGGGCCGCACCUGGGGCCGGUGCGAAGCGGUCAGCUGGGGGUGACCAGUGAAUUUUGGGGCCAGUUUGGCCGCGUGCAGGAGCAGCAGCCGCAGGAGGAGAAGAGGGAGAAGGAGGAGGAGAGCCGACCUUUCCUGCGCAGCUCUCCGGGCGAUGCCAGUGUAAAUGCCAGGGCGAUGUCCCGACGAAAGCAGGGGAACCCGCAGCACCUGUCCCAGAGAGAAAUCACGCCGGAAGUUGAGCAUCCAGAUGGCGCUCUGCUCUCCGACCCGUCGCCCCCCCACCCGCUCGGCCUUCCUGGCCACGCUCUGGAGCCCAGCUUGGCCCACACGCUGCCGCCCGGCCUCCACGUCGAUCACGACCUGCUGACCUGUGGCCAGUGCCAACUCACCUUCCCGCUGGGCGACAUCCUCCUCUUCAUCGAGCACAAGAAGAAGCAGUGCCAAACACCGCUGCUGCCCAACGGUUGCUACGACAAGUUGAAUGACCGAGGAGGAGGAGCUGGAGGAGGAGGAGGAGGGGGUCUGCAAAGCCUUCAUCACUACGCCCAGCGGGGGGAGCUGAGGAAGGUGGUGGAGCCGGUGGAGAUCGGCAUCCAGGUGACACCAGAGGAGGAGGAGGCGGUGGGAGGGAGAAGACGAGGAGAAGGAGUGGAGAGAGGGGAGAAGACGCCCACCAAAGGAAUUUGCCCGAAGCAGGAGAGCACUCUAGCAGGUGGGAGAGAUGAGCCCUCCAACUACAUAUGUACCACCUGUAAGCAGCCUUUCCCCAGCGCCUGGUUCCUGCUGCAGCACGCCCAGAACACUCACGGCAUUCGCAUCUAUCUGGAAUCCAACCCCUCCAGCACAGCCCUCACCCCUCGACUCACCAUGCCGCCGCCCAUGGGCAACGACUCCAUCCCACAGUCCCCACUCACCAGCUUCCUGGGGGAAAACAAUCCCUUCCACCUGCUGAGGAUGACAGGGCCUUUACUCAGAGAACCACCCCCAGGCUUUGUGGAGAACCGUCUCCCCAACACCCCACCGUUUGUCAGCCCACCUCCCCGCCAUCACCUGGACCCCCAUCGGCUGGAACGCCUUAGCGCCGAGGAAAUGGGCCUCAUCUCACAGCACCCCAGUGCCUUUGAGAGGGUGAUGCGGCUUACGCCGAUGGCCAUGGAGUCCCAGUCCAUGGAUUUUUCCCGGCGGUUACGUGAACUGGCAGGGAACACUAACAGCACUACGCCACCACUAUCCCCCAGCAGGCCCAACCCUAUGCAUCGACUGCUAAACCCCAAUCCCUUUCAACAAGGCCCUAAAUCUCCCUUUCUGAGCACCCCUCCUUUGCCACCAAUGCCCCCAAACAGCACCACCCCUCCCCAGACGCAGAACAAGAUCAAGUCCUGUGAGUUUUGUGGAAAGACGUUCAAGUUCCAGAGCAACUUGGUGGUGCACCGGCGCAGCCAUACUGGAGAAAAACCAUACAAGUGCCAGCUGUGUGACCAUGCCUGCUCUCAGGCGAGCAAGCUGAAACGCCACAUGAAGACGCACAUGCACAAGGCUGGAUCCAUGACGGGACGCUCAGACGAUGGCCUUUCAACCACAAGCUCCCCAGAACCAGGCACCAGUGAUAUCACUGGGGAGGGCAUUAAAAAUCGUGAUGGGGACUUCCAGGGGGAGGGUAAUGAGGAAGAGGAGGAGGAAGAGGAAGAAGAGGAACUGGAGAAUGAGAGUCGACCAGAAUCAAACUUCAGCAUGGAGUCUGAGUUCUUCAGGAACAGGGAAAAUGGUUCUAAGCCUCCUUCGGAAGAAAAGACAUCUCUCUCCCUUGACAAAAUGGUAGACGGUGGAGCGCUCAAUUCCAUUCAGCAGUAUAAUAAUUUGAUAGUUGACAAUCGUAAAAGGAUGCCCUUCUCCAAAAGGGGCUCUGAUGGCCGGCGGGACACUGGGGACGAGGAUUCUGUGGUUGGAGAGAUGAAUCACCACCAGCAGGAAGAGCGGACAACCAUUAAUGGCCGGAACUGUGGCUCCGGUGACUCUUUCUCAGGCUUGUUCCCUCGAAAGCCCACCCCCAUCACCAGCCCCGCUCUCUCCAACUCCUCAAACAAGAGGAUCAAGAUUGAGAAGGACUUGGACAUUCCCCAGGCACCACAUAUCCCUUCUGAGAAUGUGUACUCCCAGUGGCUGGUGGGCUAUGCUGCUUCUCGCCACUUCAUCAAAGACCCUUUCUUAGGCUUCACUGACUCCAGACAAUCGCCCUUUGCCACCUCCUCAGAGCACUCAUCGGAAAACGGCAGCCUGCGCUUCUCGACGCCUCCAGGAGACUUGCUGGACGGCGGUCUAUCCGGCCGCAGCGGCACCGCCAGUGGGGGCAGCACGCCUCAUUUAGGUGGAGGCCCUGGUCCGGGUCGACCGAGCUCCAAGGACGGGAGGAGAUGCGACACCUGUGAAUACUGUGGCAAGGUGUUCAAGAACUGCAGCAACCUGACGGUGCACCGGCGUAGUCACACCGGGGAAAGGCCCUACAAGUGUGAGCUGUGCAACUAUGCAUGCGCCCAGAGCUCCAAGCUCACCCGCCACAUGAAGACACACGGCCAGCUUGGUAAGGAGGUCUACCGCUGUGACAUUUGCCAAAUGCCCUUCAGUGUGUACAGCACUCUGGAGAAACACAUGAAAAAGUGGCAUGGAGAACAUUUGAUGACCAGUGAGGUCAAAAUCGAACAAGCAGAGAGAGUCUAAAACACGUUUUCAUGCUCUGCACCAUUCUCCUUGGACUCUAAAAAAAAAAAAGACAACAAAUUAAGGGGGUAGCUGGAUACUUUUGUAUUGAUUUUAGUUUAACUUUGUGUUUUUGAUUAAAAAACUGCCAACUGAGAAAAAAAAUGAGAUCUUAACAACUGAAGCUGUCUAAACUGCCUCAUUUGGCAUUCAUUUUUAAACAAUCAGUCUGAUGAGUUUUAAAUAUGUGGAGCCUUUAACUGUGCAAUAAUUUCUGUAUUUAUUGGAUUUUGUAUUUUGGCACGUGCAGGUACAUUUUUCUUUUUUUUACAGUUUUUUUUUAAUUUAGCUUUUUUUUUUUUUUUAAUCCCACAUGACAUCCUGAGAGUCUCUUAAGCAAGCCGAACAAAAAAAAAAAAAAAAAAAAAAAAAAAAAACAUUUUAGGCUGUUUGUUUUUCGGACACGGCUUGUAGGAAAUUGUACAUUAAAAUAAUUGUUUAGUAUCUUGAAAA